AUGAAGCUCAUUCUUCUGGUUUUGACUGUUACCCUGCCACUGGCCCAGGUCACCAAAGUCAUGAAGUGUUGGGGUAAGUUGGGAAUUUGCAGAAUCUUUUGUGAAAAGAAUGAAGCAUUCUACAUAUUAUGCAAUACUGAAGCUCAAUGCUGUGUGAAUCCGAAGUUCUUACCUGUCAAGACUAAAUACUCAAAUGUAGCUCGAAGCCUGGAAACACCUUCUGCAGUCUGA